UCGAUGAUAUCGGCAAGACCCCAUGCGUUUUCCAACACUUUUGUGUAUUUUAAUUACACGUAAACUUGUGAUUCGCCGGGCAAAAAAUCUUUAAUCCUUUAAAAUGAGAGCAAAGUCCUAUUGGCCAAUCCUACUGCCGUUCCUAGCGAUGGCAACGGCGUCUUUUUCGGGCGAAAAGCCAGUUCCUCCACCCUGCAGGGCCUGCAGUCAGCUGGUAGGCUCCUUUAAGGCAGGACUCGAGCGUACCAAGCGUGGACACGGGGGCGGGGACACUGCCUGGGAGGAGGAAAAGUUACGUUCCUACAAAAACAGCGAGGUGCGGCUUGUGGAGAUCCAGGAGAAGCUCUGCUCGGACUCGGAAGUGGUCAACAAGGACCACUGCCACAACCUGGCCAAUGAGCACGAGGCGCUUCUCGAGGACUGGUUUACCAACAAGCAGGGAGACAGUCCCGACCUGCAGUCCUGGCUCUGCAUCGAUCACCUAGCCGUCUGCUGCCCAGCGAACAGUUACGGACCGGACUGUCAGCCCUGCACUGACUGCAACGGAAACGGUAAAUGCAAGGGUGACGGAACUCGAAAGGGUAACGGAAAAUGUAAGUGUGAUCCAGGCUAUUCGGGACCGAACUGCAACGAAUGUGGACCGGAGCACUACGAAUCCUUCCGCGACGAAAAAAAGCUUUUGUGCACGCAAUGCCACGCCGCUUGUGGCGAAGGCGGCUGCACUGGAGGCGGUCCGAAGAGCUGUCGCAAGUGCAAGGAGGGUUGGAGCAUGGACUCAGAAGCGGGCUGCGUAGACAUUAACGAGUGCUUGGAGCAAAAACGCCCAAACUCGUGCCGACCGCAGCAGUUUUGCGUGAACAACGAGGGCUCCUUCAGCUGCCUGGAAUGUGAUCGGUCCUGUGAUGGCUGCGACGGCGAUGGACCGGACAUGUGCAAGAAGUGUGCGGAUGGAUACGCGAUAAGGGACGGCAAAUGCCACGACCUUUCUGCGGAGCAACGCAGCAACUACGUGAGCUAUACGCGAAUGCUCACAUACUUUGGAAUGUGCGUGGCUACCUGUGUCAUCUUUCAGAGCUCCACCCACAUUGCCUGGGGUUGUAUUGUUGGGGCGGCGGUGGCAGUGUACAUUGCUGUUUCCGAGUACUGGAUUAACUCGGAGGCAGAAGGCGGGCGCCAGCCCGAAUUCGACACGAAACAGCUGGAGGAACUAAUCAUGAAGUCGUUAUAAGUCAAGCUAAGCUGGGUCGAGGGACACUCAUCGGACCAUAGUGUUAGAUUUAUUCUAUGAAUAAGAUGCACGAGGGCUUUGAACCGCAACAUUCUUGAUUUACUGUUUGCUUGCGCUCUAACGUUUUUGUAUUUUGUUUGCAGUCAGCAGCGAAUCAGAUUCCGAGGUGCACGGUGACGAGUCAACGCACGAAGAACUGUAACGCACAGUCAUGCACAUCCUUUAGUCAAUUUUAGUUUAUUAGAUCAUAUUAUUACCAAUCGAUAUCGGAAUGUGUAUUGCCAAAGUGUAUUUAAAAAACUAAUCUUUACCUCCAAAAAUGUACAAAAGUUUAUAAUUUUGCAAUUAUCUUGUUAAUGGUAUCACAAUUAGAUAUUUAUUAUAUUUGGUUUCAAAAAUUUUAAAAAUAACAAAUACAGCCAAAACAUGCAUACAUUUUAGUAUCAUUAACCAUUUUAA